UUGAUGACGUUUUGCGUUAGAUUGAGACAGGAGGAGGAGGAGACCGAAGCUGGAAGAAGGAUCUGGUCCUCCCUGGUGGUCACCUCUCAUCCACCACAGCAGGAUUUAACCGAACGUGGCGUGCGCUGUCUUGGUCGUAAUCAGCCCGGCGUCCUCCGCCGUGUGACCCCGAAGAAGAAGAUUCAACCGGCGGCGAGGUUCGGCGGCUCCAUGGCUCGCUAGCACGGUGAGGCUAACUAGCGUUAGCUUCCGCUUCUGCUCAUCCCCGGGACCUCAGCCGGCCGAGUGGACAGUCGAGAAUGGCCACCUCACGCGGGUAGCCCAAGAAACUACCAAUAUUGCGCACAGCCCCUUCCAAGAUAAACACCUGCUUAAAUAACUGUUUCGGACGGACCCUGAAGCAUGACGGUUGUUGGUGUUAUUGCAGUUCCAAACAUGGUGCAGAAGUACCAGUCGCCCGUGAGGGUAUACAAGUAUCCCUUUGAGCUGGUGAUGGCAGCCUAUGAGCGCCGGUUCCCAACAUGUCACCUUAUCCCCAUGUUUGUGGCAAGUGAUGUGGUCGAUGAAGAGACAAAUGAGGACAGAUCCACUCAUAGGAUUGAGAGACGCUGUGCGCUGGAUGUGGACGCUCCACGCCUUCUCAAACGGAUUGCUGGUGUGGACUAUGUCUACUUUAUCCAGAAAAACACACUCAACCGAAAGGAGCGGACGCUUCACAUAGAAUCACAUAAUGAGACAUUCUCCAACAGAGUCAUCAUCCAUGAGAUCUGCUGCUAUUCGGUCCAUCCGGAAAACGAAGACUGGACGUGUUUUGAGCAGUCAGCAAGUCUGGACAUCAAGUCUUUCUUUGGCUUUGAGAGCACAGUGGAAAAGAUAGCAAUGAAGCAAUAUGCCAGCAGCAUCAAAAAGGGAAAAGAAAUUAUAGAGUACUACCUAAAGGAGCUAGAAGAUGAGGGGAUCACUCGUGUGCCACGAUGGAGUCCAACUUUUCUUCCCCUGCCUCCCACCAGACCAACCAGUCUCUUUAGCAGCCCACCUGCUGACCCCAAAGUCCCUGUCACACCCGCCAUUCCCAUCCCACUGACUGUUGAUGCUCCAGACAGCGGCUCUCAGGAUGCUAAGCAGGACAGCACUGCCCUUCAGGCAGAGAGUUUAACGGAAAUUCUGGCUGGCACACCAGAAGAUAAACUGGAUGCUGACUAUAUCAAACGCUACCUUGGUGAUCUUACACCCCUGCAGGAGAGCUGUCUCAUCAGACUUCGUAAAUGGCUACAGGAGACCCACAAGGGAAAGAUUCCCAAGGAUGAACACAUCCUGCGAUUCUUGCGGGCUAGGGAUUUCAACAUGGACAAGGCUCGCGAAAUUUUGUGCCAGUCGCUGACCUGGCGGAAGCAGCACCAAGUAGACUAUCUUCUUGAGACAUGGAGUUCACCACAAGUCCUUCAGGACUAUUACACAGGGGGCUGGCACCACCAUGACCGAGAUGGUCGGCCUUUGUACGUACUGAGACUUGGCCAGAUGGACACUAAAGGACUGGUCCGAGCUCUUGGAGAGGAAUCUCUGCUUAGACAUGUGCUAUCUAUCAAUGAGGAAGGGCUGAGACGCUGCGAAGAGAACACAAAGGUGUUUGGUCGUCCCAUCAGUUGCUGGACAUGCCUGGUGGAUCUGGAGGGUCUGAACAUGCGUCACCUGUGGCGACCAGGAGUCAAGGCUCUGCUGAGGAUUAUCGAAGUUGUGGAGGCCAACUAUCCAGAGACGCUGGGACGGCUGCUUAUCUUGAGAGCUCCCAGGGUCUUCCCAGUCCUUUGGACGCUGGUGAGUCCGUUCAUUGACGAAAACACCCGCAAGAAGUUCCUAAUCUAUGCAGGAAACGACUACCAGGGCCCCGGCGGACUGGUGGACUACAUAGACAAAGAGAUUAUUCCCGACUUCCUGGGCGGCGAGUGUAUGUGUGAGGUACCUGAGGGAGGCUUGGUCCCAAAGUCGAUGUACCGCACUGCAGAGGAGCUUGAGAAUGAAGAUGUUCGUCUGUGGACUGAGACGAUCUACCAAAGUGCUAGCAUCUUCAAAGGCGCUCCACAUGAGCUUCUGAUUGAGAUCAUUGACGCCUCCUCCGUCAUCACCUGGGACUUUGAUGUGUGUAAAGGUGAUGUGGUUUUCAACAUCUACCACUCAAAGCGUGCCCCACAGCCACCGCGUAAAGACCCACUCGGAGCUCAUGGGAUCACCUCCCCAGGAGGCAACAAUGUGCAGCUUAUUGACAAGUCAUGGACGCUGGGGCAAGAUUACAGCAUGGUAGAAUCCCCUCUAACCUGUAAGGAGGGAGAAAGUGUGCAGGGCUCCCACAUUACACGCUGGCCAGGUUUCUACAUCCUCCAGUGGAAGUUCCACAACAUGCCGGCAUGCUCGGCCACUAAUCUGCCUCGAGUAGAUGAUGUGCUGGCAACCCUGCAGGUCUCCUCGCACAAGUGUAAAGUCAUGUACUACACCGAGGUGUUGGGCUCUGAGGACUUCAGAACGGCUUGCUGUGACGUGCAGAGUUUGGGUUCGAUGACCAGCUUGGAGUCGAGCCACAGUGGCUUCUCUCAGCUCAGCGCUGCCACCACUUCAUCCAACCAAUCCCAGUCCAGCUCAAUGAUCUCCAGGUAGACGGAGCCGUCUCCUACGUAGUGAUAAUCCCCUUUAUUCAGAUUUAUGAACCUUUUCAACUUUGGAUGCUGACCAGCAGACAACAAAUCACGAGUCAAAAAGAAAAAGAGAGACUGUGUGAACUCCUUUUAAAGGGCUGUGGUUUUUUUGUUUGUUUUUUUUGCACAAAAGUCAGAUUCCAGUGCUUGGUGUUUAUACUCAAGCAUUUGGAAUUUUAGUUUUAACGUGGCCCAUUUAGAGUUGAAAUGCUGAACUGUGGCAUCUUUGGAGGUUUAAAGAAGCAAUAUUUUCAUCCCAGGAGUGGCAGGUCUUAAUGGGUAAAGACAAUUGAGGCGCUGUUAUAUAUGGUGUAUGCAUUUACUUUUACACUCCAGAAUCCUGCAGGCAAUAAUCAGAUGACGCACUCCUCAUUCCUGUGCACCACUGUAGUAGAUUGGAUGUUCUGUUACAUGAUUGACAUUGAAAAAUCUUGCUCUUGCUUUAUUAACAGAGAGAUUUUUUUCAAUGUGGAGGACCAGUGGAAAAUGCAACACCUGUUGUUGAAAAUUACAUUGACAUUUAUUUGGGAACUGAUCCAAAUAAAGUUACAGAUCGUAGCCCACAAAUCCCAUGUGAAUAUUUGUCUGGGCUUAUUGCACUCACAAAACAUAGUUUAAUCAGACCAGAUUCAUAUAUCACACGUGUUUGAAACAAAACAAAACACAAAGCUCCUGAGUGGGUGGGGCUGAUUAAAUCAUGGGACUACAAAUUGAGUCAACUGAUGGUAAUCGUCUACUGUUGGAUUCCGGUUAAUGUCCAGAUGUUCUCUGAUCAUCCUGACAGCCCUACCAUCACUUGAGGGUUCUAUCAUGCCAUGAACAGCAUACUUGACCAGCAUCUCACUCUUUAGUGCUUGAAGCAAUAACAUGGGUUUCUACUGUGUGAAAUAUUUGUAUUUAUCAUUGAGAUGUCUAAUGUAGAUGAGGGCGGAUUGCAGGUGACCUUUAUGUAAUGUACAGGCAGGCACAAAGGCAAACUGAGCCACUAAAGCAGCAAAGAACAUUGUGUGUGUGUGUGUGUGUGUGUGUGUGUGUGUGUGUGUGUGUGUGUGCGCGCGCGUGUGUGUUUCCAAGCAGCAAAAAUGUGCGUCAGUGUGCUUUAUCAUGAAAUAAAGAGGUAACACAACCCUUUUUUUCCAAUAAGGGCACAACAAGUAUGCUUUCCAUUUUUUGUUUGUAAAUGUGCUCGCAAUCAACAAAUUAAAUGCCAAUUUGCCUGAAUUGUUCAAGGUCAUCACGUAAUCUGGCAGAGCUGCCAUCAUUGGAUUAUUAUUAUUAUUUUUGAAGUGAUAUAGUUUCUGUGUGCAUUAGGAGUAAUAUCUUUAUUAUGAUGCUUGACAGUGUUUUUGUAGGAAAAAAGAUCGCGCUACUGGACAUGUACUAGUUAUGUUUGAGGAGUGCUGCUGUUUUUGACAUACUUGAUGGGGCCAAAACAGUGGUGUGUUACUGCAUGCACGUUACACAUGGUGACGAGGUUUACUUGUCUUCUAUUUGUAAAUUAAUAGCCAUUUUAAGAGCCAUUUGUCAAUAAACACCAUUUUAGCCUUUGUAAGACUCUCUUAGAAACAGCUGCUCAUUUCAAGGUGUUAUUGUCCCAAAACAUCAUUUCCAUUCAACUGUUUUACUAGUUAACUGGAUUAGAAGCAUUGAUGACUUGGCUGUAAAUUGCUAAAUCAUCAAUUGACACUGAGAAUAACUAUAAUCAUGUUAUUUUGAUACAUGAAACUGUUUUUAACUCCAAAGGAAAGGUCAAUAUUUUUUGUGUGGACUAUUUGCAAUAACAUGAAAUGUUUUACCUCCUUAGAAUGAGGGCUAUCAUGUGUGGAUGUACGAGAAUGAAUGCUGGAAACAGCAGUGAGAAUAAGACAUGCCUGUAAAAUGUAUGUACUGUACACACUCCCUACGGCCCUCUUGGCCCUCUCCUGCCCCCUCCCACGCUGAAGAAGGUCUCCACUUACACAGUCAACUACCCCAUCACCUGAAAAUUCUUUAUAAUAGAUUAAUCCUGUUUCCUUCAUGGGAUCUGAUUAAAUAUGCAGAUGUGGACCUUAGAUUUGCACAACUGCCUCACUGAAAUUAAGAAAUGAAGCCAUGGGCAUAAAGUGUUCUUAGAUUCAGAAUUUCAUUUCCAUUUGAAUUCAGUGUUGGAGAUGCCGGAGACCUUUCACAUUUUUUGUAUCCUUCUCUCGCUUGCAUCACGUGUACAUUUUCAAAGAUCUCUUGAGGGCUAUGAAAUGUUUGUCAUUACUUUUCCAUGUGUUUGUUGGUCUGUUUCCUAUUCUGGCACAGUUGCAUAUCUCUGCAUAUAUCUUCAUGUGAGAUAUUAUUUAAAAACAACUUGUUUGAAUUCAUGAGAACAUUGCGCCUUUACAAUUUUUUGGGGAAAACAUUAAACUUGAAUAAUGCACAUUUGUGUCCCAUUUAAUUGCAUUGCUCAUGACUUUGUUACUUUUUUUCCUCCUUUUUGGCAC